GGUGAAUAGUCGCCUCGGUUUUCCACCGCUUUGUUCCAUUCCUUCUCAGAAUAGCUUUAGGGAUGGACAAAAUUGAUCUUGGAAAACCCUGCAAUGAAUGGAAGAUCUUAGUUUAGGAAGAUGUUGCAUAAUCCAUUAUGAAGAAACUAACUCAAGAGUGGAAAAUAAAAAAGCGAGUAAUAAAGAAUAAAAGUUUUAAAGAGCAGAUUGACUUGUCAUUAACAAACUCUGAGAGCAUAAUACUUGUUGCACAAAAGAGACCAUCUCUAAUGAAAUCUGUAUCGGAUAAACCGAUCAUGUCUUCUUCCGACGAAGAAACCUUCAUUCGUCGUUCUCAAAGACUUAAACAAAAAUAUGACAGCCGAAAACAGAAAAUUUCAACGGUUGAUCGAGUCGAAUCGUUUACAAAAGAUUCUGUGCAAGAAGAUGCAAAUAUGUCUACAUUGGAUGAAAAUUACUGCAAUCUGUCGAAAUGGAGACUGCCAAUUACUAUUGUGGAGGCUUAUAAACAGAAGAAUAUUGAAACAAUGUUUCAAUGGCAGUAUGAGUGUUUAUCUAUGAAAGGAGUAUUAAAUGGCAAAAAUCUAGUGUUUUCUGCUCCUACCAGUGCUGGGAAAACAUUAGUUGCUGAAAUUUUGAUGCUUAAAAACGUUACAGAAACUAAAAAGAAAGCUAUAAUGAUUCUGCCUUUUGUUUCUGUUGUAAGAGAAAAAGUUCAUUAUUUCCAGGAUAUGUUUCAAAAUGCUGGCAUUGUUGUUGACGGUUAUAUGGGUGCUCACAAUCCUCCCGGUGGUUUUAAAUCAGUGGAUAUUGCAAUUUGUACCAUUGAAAAAGCUAACAAUCUUGUUAACAGACUUAUGGAAGAAAAGCGUUUGAAUGAACUCGGCAUUCUAGUUGUGGAUGAGUUACAUAUGCUAGGAGACUAUGGUAGAGGCUACCUUUUAGAACUAUUGCUCACCAAGCUUUUAUACAAUUGUAAGAAGAAUAACAUAAGUAUUCAAAUCAUUGGAAUGAGUGCUACAUUGCCUAAUUUAGACGUUUUAGCAUUUUGGCUCAAUUCUGAGCUAUAUCGUACGGAUUUUAGACCAGUCCCUUUGCAAGAGAGAUUUAAAGUUGGCAAUGUUAUUUAUGAUGCUAAAACUAAAGAGGUGUGUCGAGAGUUGAAUCCUGGGAGCUUACAUUUUGCAGGUGAUUCUGACCAUUCUGUUUAUUUUGCUCUUGAAACAAUUGCUGCUGGCCAUGGAGUAUUAAUAUUUUGUCCUUCAAAGAAUUGGUGUGAAAAUCUUGCUACUAGUAUUGCAAAAGCAAUUUUUAACAUUGGACGACCAUCUGCUACAUCUGAUGAUAAUCCACAGAAGGAAAAUAUGGGCAAAAAAUUAAGGGAGUAUUUAAAAGGACCUCCAUUGAAUGAUAUUUUACAACAGCUUAAAAGUUCACCUGCUGGUCUGGAUUCUGUACUUCGUUUAACAGUGCCAUUUGGAGUGGCUUACCAUCAUGCAGGAUUAACAUUUGAUGAACGAGAUAUUGUCGAAGGUGGUUUUAGGCAAGGUAUUAUAAAAGUUUUGGUUGCAACUUCAACUUUAUCCUCAGGCGUCAAUCUUCCGGCCAGGAGAGUUAUAAUUCGUUCACCUCUGUUCUGUGGCUCUCCAAUUGAUGUAUUAAGCUACAAGCAAAUGGUUGGAAGAGCUGGUAGGAAAGGAAUUGAUGAAGAAGGGGAAAGCAUUUUAUUGUGCAAAGAAGCAGAAAAAAAAGUAGCACUUUCAUUAGUCAGCUCAGAAUUGAGGCCAGUCAGAUCUUGUCUUAUCUCUGCACAAAAUUCUUUGCAUUCAAGCUUAAAACGUGCAUUAAUUGAAGUAAUUGCAAGUGGGGUAGCAAGCACUCGUGAUGAAGUGCUACAGUAUGCAUCUUGUACAUUGUUGUGUGCUGCAAUUGCGAAAGAAAGUGAGGAUAGCACUGAUAACACAUUGGAAAGUUCAAUUGAUAAAUGUUUAAAUUAUCUUGUUGAUAAUGAUAUAAUUUUUAAACAUGAAGAUUUAGGGAAUGGUUUAACAAAAAUAACAUACAAACCAAGUCAACUUGGAAUGGCUAUGCUUGCUUCUGGUUUUUCACCUGAUGAUGCUUUGAGAAUUUUAAAAGAAUUACAAUUGGCUCGUCGAAAUUUUGUUUUAGAAAAUGAUUUACAUAUUUUAUAUGAGGUGACUCCUCCGUACCUCAGUGAUCAGAUGGGAUCCUUCAAUUGGAUGCAUUUCUUGUCUAUUUGGGAGGAGCUUCCCGAGGAAUACAAAAGAGUUGGUGAAUUAGUUGGUGUUCAAGAAUCCUUCAUAGGGUUAGGCGUUCAAGGCAGGAUUAACAGAAAUUCUCCUAAAACUGCACAAAAAGUUGCUAUUCAUCAAAGGUUUUAUGCAGCAUUAGCACUAAAUGAUCUCAUUCAAGAAUUGCCUUUGUCUGUAGUUUCAGAAAAAUAUGAUUGCUCUCGUGGUAUCCUACAGUCUUUGCAGCAGUCCACUUCCACUUUUGCAGGAAUGCUUACAAUAUUUUGCAGUCGAUUGAAGUGGCACAAUUUGGAGCUACUUUUUUCGCACUUCCAACGUCGAGUGCAUUUUGGUAUACAACAAGAGUUAUGUGAUUUAGUGAGACUGUCAACUUUGAAUGCCCAGAGAGCCAGAGCAUUGUAUAAUGCUGGAUAUGAAACAGUAGCAUCAUUAGCUAGUGCCUCUCAAGAAGACAUAACUCUACUUUUGUGUAACAUGGGUUCCUUUGAAAGUGCUAAACAAUUAGAUGGAGAUCUUGCUCAAGAAGCUUUAGAACGUUAUGAAACUAAACGAAUUAGAAUUACUGGAAAAGAAGGAGUUUGUGAAAAAGAAGCUGCUCAUUUAAUCAUUCAAGAAGCUCGACACUUUAUUAAGCAGGAGUUAGGAAUUGAUAAAAUAUCUUGGGGUAACUUGAAUAAUCAUCUAAUCAAGCAAAGUGAAAGUUCUAUAAGUAACUCAUCUAGUGAUGAAAUCAUUGUCUCAGAAAACACUCAUUACAAAGAAAUAACCUCUGCAAAUCCUAUCAAUGAUAAUAAAAUUACUGAAGCUGUAGAUUUAUUAAAGACAUCAGAAAUAUUAGAUAAUUCUAAAUCUUCAAUUAAAUGUAAUAGCUUAAAUGAUGAGAGUGUUUGUGUAAAUGAUUCUCGACUUCAGAUUGUAUCACCAGUUCCAGAAAAACUUUCUUCUGUUAAAAAUGAAACUAUACCUCUUCGGGAAAGUGAUGAUUCUAGAAAAAGUUUAUCAUUUCUCCUGCAUGAAUUGAAUGAAACAUAUGUGAGUCAAAAUGAAUUGAAUUUAAAGACUAAUAUCACAACUGAAGGAACAUUUAAACCAAAUCUGGAUAGGAAUAUUACUGACUUUAAAACCCAUUGUAAAAAUCAAACAGAAAUUGAAAAUGUGUUCGAUUCAUUAAAUCUCGAAACAGAAGAUGCAGUUAAAAAUAUUUCUUUUAGUGAGUUUCUUCUGUCUCAAACAUGUGAAAUUGGUGAUAUUUACUUUGCCCAAACUUCUAUUUGUGAUGAUAAAACAAAAGCUAUUGAAAAAAAUUUAUCUGGUGUUGCUGAUUUUGAAGAUGAUUUUAUAGAUAGUUCUGUAAAAGUUAAUAAUAUUACUUUAGAAAAAACAUCUCUAAAGAAUUCUAGAAAACUGUCUUUUGUGAAAAAUAAACAAAACAUUGGAGAUAGCUUUAUUAAUGAUUUAGGAAUGGAUUGUAUGGCUGAAAGCUUUUCCUUUAAUUUUCAAAACUCUUUCAAGCAGCCUUUAAACUAUUCACUUAGUAUAGAAGAAGAAAAUCAUGAGAAUAACAAAAAUAUUUGUGAUUUAAAAAAUAAAACUAUUACGUCAAAAAUAAUGACAAAUGUACAAACUCAUAGUACUCCAAAACAGGAUGCAGAACGUGAUAGUAAUACUCUAAGCGUGUCGAGAAUAUCUGAUGUAUGCCAUAAUCGAAAUCAACACUUAGAGAAUGUAUCAAAUAGAACAAAAGUCAACCAAUGCAAAAUAAAUAAUUCUUGCAAUUCUCAACUCCAUUCUGAUAAAGAAUUGACUGUGAAUGAAACUAGUGGAGAUAUUUUUGAAUCGGAUGAUAGCUUUGUUGCUAAAUGCUUCAAUGUAGAAAAUAAAACCGUAACAAUUGAUAUUGUUCCUAAUGAUAAAAAGUCAACUUCUGAAACUAGUACUGAUUUAUUUGAUGAGGAUUGCUUAGAAAAUGUGUGCAAAUCAUUUUCAUUUGAUGAAAAUGAAUCUAAGAAAACAUCCGAUGUCUACACAGGAUGUAUUAAUAUUUCUCAAAAAUGUGCACCUGAACAUCCUUCUUUACCUCUUUCUGCUCUUUCAAAAAGAUUAAGUGCUAGUACUAGAACACCAUCUUCUGAUCCCUUAAAAAAGCCAAAAAUUAGUGCAUCUAGUUCUCCUGUUCCACUUCAUCCUAAACACAGUGCUAUUGAAGAAAAUAAAAAGGACAUUAGUAAUGUUGCUAUAAAUAAGCUUGAACAUUCCAAAACAGUCGAUCAGUUAUGUUGUAACAAAAAGGAAGAUAAUUCUUUGAAACUAGAAAAUCAUUCUAAAUUUUGGACAUCUUGGGGAUCUUCUGAAUCAUUUUCUGAAAUAAAACAUGAAACUAUUCCAGUUUUGAUAGAAAAUGAUUCCAAUAAAGAUGAUGAUCCAGUAAAUAAGAAUGUAGACCAAAUUUCUUCAUUUAUUCUGGAUUCGGUUGAUAAUGACCUAUUUGAUAGCUCUGCUUUAAAUUGUGUGUCUCACACUCCAGACGAUAAAAAACGUGAAAAUACAUUUUUCUACAAAAGUACUGCUUCUACAGCUCAAAUAAAUUGUUGCACUGAGGAGUUUAGCAAAAACAAGAAAGUUAAUAGUUCAUCACUUGCAACAAACAUUGGCAAUAUUUCGAAAUUAUUCAACAAAAUAAACGACCUACCAUCUUUUGAAACCGUAGAUAUUUCGGAUUCAGAAAUAAUCCCGUUUUUGAAAAAAUUAGCUGAAGUUCCGAACUUUGCUCUUUCAGUUGCAUGUGAAAAACUAGAAGAGAAACGAAACGUUAUAGGACCUCCUAAUCUGUCAGGUGACAGAAAUACACAUACUGAAAAGAAUUGCUGUAUCAUAAAUCCAGAUAUAAUUGUUAGAGGGAUUUCUAUAUGUUGUGGUGGUCCAUCUUUUUACAUUAGAAUUUCAAAUGACCUUGAAAGUUCCUCUUUCAUGGAGGUAAAGGAUAAAAUUAAAGUUCUACAACAGUUUUUUCACAGUCAACUGAAAAAUGGAACUUUGAUUAUUUAUAACUUAAUUAAUUAUUACAAAAUAUUAUGGCAAGGGUGCAAUAUUUGCUUAAAUCUUAGCAAGGAUAUUUCGUAUCUUGAUCCAUCUAUAGCUGCAUGGUUGCUUGAUCCAUCACUAGGUUUUGUGUCUUUGGAAGAUUUAACUCAUAGAUAUCUGCCCAAUUCAACUUAUUAUAUGCAAAAUCAGGACAAUAAAAUUAAUUUGGGAUCAAAUUAUUGGAGUUCUGUAUCUGGAAAACAAAGAUCUUCUACUGAAGCCAAUAUUUUAUAUCAUUUGAUGGUCAAGAUUAUGAAAGACCUUCAAAAUCAAAAGUUGUACAACUGUUUUAAAAACAUAGAAAUGCCAUCUGCGUUAUCUUUGGCUAAAAUGGAGCAAAAUGGAUUAGGGUUUGAUUAUGACCUUGCAGCUGCAUAUUUGCAAGACUUACAGAAAAAACAAAAAGAUGUUUUGGACAAAUCCUAUCAGAUAGCUGGGAGACGAUUUAAUAUAUCAUCUUCAAGGGAUAUAUCUAGGAUUUUAUUUAAGGAACUAAAACUAAACAUUGAUCUAGCACCUGACAGCCCUAAAAUUCAAAGACAUUUAGGUAUUGGUUCCACUGCUCGUAGUAGGAAGCUUCCACCUGAGCUCAAAACCAACAAAGAAUGUUUGGAAAAAAUAAUGCAUUUACAUCCUCUUCCAAAAGCAAUUCUUGAUUGGAGAAGACUCUCUUUUGCCACAACAAAAGUGUUAAUGCCUUUGUUGAGAAAAAAUAAAUUUGAUUCAUGUUUUCAAAUGAAUCGAUUAUACAGCAACUGUUACAUUUACACAUUAACUGGAAGAGUGCACAUGCAUAACCCCAAUUUGCAGUUCAUUCCAAAAGAUUUCAACAUUGAAAAUAAUGUCAAUGUAGUUUCUGAUAAUAAAGAAAAUACCGAUGACGAUAUCCAUUGCAGCGAAGAAGAUAUUUCUCAGUUUGGUGUGAGCUUAAGAAACCUCUUUAUUCCUACAAAAGGAAGUGUUUUGUUAGCUGCAGAUUAUUCUCAGUUGGAACUCCGAAUAUUAGCUCAUUUGUCGGGUGAUAAGCAGCUAUUAACUUCCCUCAAUUCAGGAGAUGAUGUUUUUAAAAAAAUAGCAUCUGUUUGGAAAGAUGUACCGUUGAAAUCUGUUACAAAAGAAAUAAGGGAGCAGGCAAAAAAAAUAUGCUAUGGUAUAAUAUAUGGAAUAAGUGCCAAAACUUUAGCUCAGCAUUUGAAAUGCACUGAAGAAGAAUCCAUUGUUUUUAUGAAAACUUUCAAAAUCUCUUACCCAAGCCUUGACAGUUAUUUUCAGUCUGUCAUUAAUAACUGUUCAACAAAUGGAUAUAUCACAACAAUUACCCAACGUCGUCGGUAUUUGCCAUCAAUAAGAAAUUCAAGUAAAUCACAGAGAGCACAAGCUGAGCGACAAGCAAUUAAUACUACUAUUCAAGGAUCAGCUGCUGAUUUAAUUAAAGCUGCAAUGGUUAAAAUUGAAUAUGAAUUGAAUAAAGCUUUUCCAGAAGUUUCAUAUCCUCUAUCUUCUAUAAAAAGUAACAAUUCUCCCAAACGUAAAAGAAGCCCAAAUACCUUUCGAGGAGGGUUCUUAGUUUUACAAAUGCAUGAUGAACUCAUAUAUGAAGUCAAUGAAAAGGAUUUAAAAACAGUCAUUAAAAUUGUGAAAAGAGGUAUGGAAGAAACUACAAAACUAUCUGUUAAGUUGCCUGUACAAAUUCGCACUGGGCCAACUUGGGGUUCAAUGAAAGAUUACUCUUGACAAAUCCUUUAAAAAAAAUUUAAGUAAUCAAUUACUUUUACUCACACAUAUAGAAUAGUUUUUUUUCAUUAUUUUAUACUAUAGGGCAAAAUUAAAAAAUCUUGCUAUUGACCGGUGGUCAGUUGUACAUUUUUAAUAGUGCUAAAACAUGUUACUUUUUUAAAAAUUGAAAAGUGUUGAUAUUAUUAAGGCAAUUCUUUUAAAGCAUUCCUCAAAAUAUAGUAAACAAAUUACAAGGUUGAUUUCUGAAAUGUAGAAGUAUUUUAAAAACAAAUGUGAAAUAAAGUAAUUCUAAGAAUAUUACAAAAUAUCCAUUAUACAAAUUUUGUAUUCAUUAAUUAAAUGCAUAUGGUAUGACUGGCAGAUAAUUUUUCAAUCACAAUUUGUUAUGUUCAGUUGCCCUGUGGGUGGUGACGACCUUUAAUUUUGCCCUAUAUUGUAUAAAUCUUGUGAUAUUAAAUCAUCAAUCAUUUUACUCAAAACUUAUUUAUUUUGUUGAUUGAUAGACUUAUUGAAGUAAAUUUUUGCAUUUGUGCUAAUUGACUAACUUAUGAUGAACUAUUACUUGUUUUUUCCUUAUUAUUAUCUGUGAUAUUGGAAUGUAAGAAAUAUAUAUUGUACAUAUUUUGAAAUGAAUGCAUAAUUAUGUGUAUAAAAGUUAUUUUUUACAAAAUGUGUUUAAAAUCUAUAUUCAUAACAUAAAC